AUGCGUGAGAGGGAGACAGAGGCUGCGAUGGAGCUGUCCCGCCACCAACGCCUCGUCGCCGUCGUGCUUCAAGAAAAUGGGAUAGAUAAGAGAAUUGUUUGUGUGACUUAUGGUGGCACCACCGCUCUAUUGGAGCAGCGGUGCGUUCGCUAUGUUGACAACUUUAUUUCAGGUCAUAGGGGAGCCACAUCCACUGAGUAUUUGUUCUUGCACUUGCUCUUGUUCUUGUUCUUGUCAAUGAAACUUUUUCUUGGAUAUUUGUUUGGUGAUCUCUUGGAGGGGAAUGAAUACUAUGUUGCUGGUUAUGUUGAGUGUAGGUCUUUUCUGAAGGCGCGAUAUGCUGUGCUUCAUCCUCUUCUUAUGCUGCAAAUAAUUUCAAAGCCAAUGAAGGAUAUUGGCCCACGUGCAAUGUUCUAUCUUAUCUGA